GAAUUAAUGCCCGAAAGAACGUGCCAUUAGCUGAUCUCUUAGAUAAAACAGAGUAUACAGGUCGAGUGCAAUACAAUACAGAUAUGAAGAAAACCUGCACAUUGAUGCUGAGUGAUGUGAGAGUCACAGAUACAGCUGACUAUUAUACCAGGAUUCAAACAACAACACCAGGGGAAAAUUGGCAAUCAGCUGGUGUCACCCUCAUCGUCAAAGACUUUACAGACCUUGUAGUCCAGAUGUCUAGAACAGAAGUUGAGGGGGAAUAUGUUAAACUGAGCUGUACUAGCCAAUGCACCUUGAGACAAAACUCCAUGUUUAUGUGGAAAAAGGAUGAGGAAGUCUUACCUGGCACAUCAACAAACAACAACGAGCUGAUAUUCUACAACGUCAGGAUUGAGGAUGCAGGCAGCUACUCAUGUGUAUUAAAUCACCAAGUGGAAAGUCCAUCUCCUCCAGUGAAGCUUGAUGUCCUGUAUCCUCCAAAGAAAAUCUCAGUUUCUGUCAGUCCUGCUGAUGAGAUACUAGAGGGCACUUCAGUGACUCUGACCUGCAGCAGUGAUGCCAACCCACCAGUGGAGAGCUACAGUACACCUGGUACAGGAAGACUGGAGAUGAAACUACUGAAGUAGGAUCAGCGGAGACCAUCACCUUCACUCUGAACUCCACCACUGUUGGACUUUACCACUGUGAGGCCAAAAAUAGGAUUUCCUCAGAGGAUUCCCAUGCUCUUAAGGUCUCACUGGCAGGCUCGGGAUGGCAAAGUAUGGCUGCGAUAGCAGGAGGAGUUGUUGCUUUCCUCACAGUUCUCAUCGUGGUCCUGGCUGUUCUCAUGUCCCGAAGGAAGAAGAAUAUGUCCAACUCAACCAUCGUCUCUGGCAGCACAGUCAGGAAUUCACAGGUGUGUAAUCGGGGGACCCGUGUGUCUGUACUGAUUGCUCAUGUGGAUUAUGGUUACCCAUCAGCGAUUAGAGAAGUGAAACUACUGAAGCAAGUGCAGGAUAGAACAACACCUUCACUCUGACCAUGACCACUACUGGACCACCGUGAGGCUUAGUAUAUUCCAAGAAUUCCCCUGCUCUCAAUGUCCAACGUGAACAUUAAAGGAACUCACAACAGAGUUG